AUGAAUUGCAGCUGCUGUUCACAAACUCAAGUUGAAGAUAUUGGUCCUGCUGUGUCUGUACUCGAAGAAAACGUUGAAGAUGGCGAUAUAUUACAAGAAAUUGGAAAUGCUCAGUACACACUGGAGUUUCUUCGUCAAGUUAUUCAACAAUCAACUAGGGUUAUUGAUGAAGCACCUCCAGCCUAUGAAGAUUUUGAUAAAUAUCCUAGAUUAAGUAAAUAUCAGACCUCGUUUAAAAACUUAACUCCUGUUAAACCAUGUACACAACAACCUCGACAAUCUUCACAGCUUGAUUCUGAUCAGUUUGUGAACUCAUCAACAGUCUCAUGGAUAGAACCAUUUCCGAAACCACAAGGUGAUCCACCACCUGCCUUUUUCAACUGGCUUCGUAGUCGAUUUGGUUCUUUACGUCAAAGCAUUAUGAGUCGUUUAUCAAAUCAAAGUAACCAAUUACAAGGCUCUUCGGUCUUCAGCAUACAUACUGAUUCUAAUUCUCCAGUUUUAUCAACUAUCAAUAUUCCUAGACCAUUCAUUCAUCCGGAACCAUCAAACUCAGUGCCUCCUGCACAAUCAUCUGAGGCAGUAGAACCAAAGCCUUUGGAAUUAAAUGAUUCUAAAAUGACACGUUCGUCAUCAUCAUCAUCGUCAUUACAAUCCAGUGCAUCAUCAGUAGUUUGUGCAACUGAUGAACAGACUAUGAUAGGAGUAUCUACCAUAUCAUUAAAUUGUAACAGUAAUCAAAUACCAGAUUCUAGUUGUACAAAUGUACCUCAGAAAACUUUGAUAGUACGUGAUUUCGACAUAGAAGAAACGGAAUCACAAAAUGAUAGUUACGAUGUUGAUACUAACGAAAUCAAUCAGUCUACGACCCAUUCAUGAAUAAACUUUUAUUGAUCACAAAGUGUAAGUAUCACUCAGUUGGCUUUUUGGAAAAUUUUGAAAAUUUACAUUUUUUCGUUUUAAGAAUGGCAUUCAAUAUUUUGUGAUCUGUGAUAAUCAGAAGUAUUUGAAUUAUAGAAUAAACUAAGAAUCCCAGAAAUAACGUAGUCGGAUCAAGAAGUACUAGAUAACCACAAACGAAUGUACUUUAUUUAGAAUUCGAAACCAAGCAUUCAACAAAUACAAAAGUAUCAUUAGUUCAUUC